UAUCCAUUUGACGCCAACAACCACCCAAGCAGUGACGUCAUCAGUAAUUGCUUCACAGGGAACUACAAUUAUUCCACAAUCAAGCACUGGCAUUUUGACUUCAACCCCUAAUAUACCGACCUCUGUACCGGUUCCACAAGGAACAACUUCAAUGUUUCCGGUAAUUAUUGACAUGGUAGAUAAUGUACAAAAUAUGUGCACACAGUCAUCCCAGCGCGAUCUAGCUGUGAUCACAACAGAAGCUGUCUACAUCUACGACAAUAAGGAGUCCCUGAAAAGUGGUGCUUGUAAGUCAGUGUCUAUAACAUCGAUGUUUAAAGGAUUUGCAGACCUUCCAGAUGUUACCCAAUGGGAUGCAGUUCUUACCGUUCAGAAGAGUUAUAUAGACGUAAUUGCAGGUUCAAAAAUUUUUCGAUGGUCAAUAUCAUCCGCUAAUUUGUUCCCAAUGAUUGGAUUUCCCAAAUUCAGGUAUCAAUACCUAAAGGAUAUCAAAGGAUCUAAUCCUCUCGUCCUACCCACUUCACCAACUUGGGCUGUUCAACGGGAAACUCUCGGAAGCAAGGACUUCUAUGCUUUCGAAAAUGCAGGAAAUAUCCUAUGCUUCUACAGCAACCAAUCACCACACGAAAUUCGGUUCCAUAUAUCUGAAACAACUCACACAAAUCAAAACGGAAAACCUAUCAACCCAUGGAUAUCACUACCUCGCAACACAGUGGCUCUGACGGCUGCAGAAAACGACGGAAUUGAUUUUGUUGGGAUAACAGACACUUAUUAUGUUGUGUACUACAAUAUAGAAUAUCCAUAUGAUCUCCGUGUAGUUCCUACUAUGGAUCUAGAGCCACUUGUCUUUUAA